UUUUCACGUAGGAUGACUACAUUAUGCAAACAUCUUCAUUGGUAUUUUUGAACGCAUAUCUGAAUGUUCAGAAAUACAGCAUUUCGAUGGAUAACAGAGAGAAACGAGCCUUUUUAUUAGGACUCUGCCAGCACUUCACGAAGUCUGGGACCGAUCGUCUGUCCGGAUUUUUGUAUUUUUAUUAUUAUUAGCGAUCGUUGUUUGUAACUGUUCAUUAUUUUGACACUUUUGCUGACACUUCAAGUGCUGGCGUGCUACAAAACAAGUCAAGCCUGGAACAGCGAUUUGACGAGCUUUGCAAAUCGAAAGUGCCAUCACUUCCGGGUCAUGCAGCAUUCAUUAGGUUCUUUCCGACUUGCCUACCCGAGAGUGUAAACCUGGGAUUCAUCGCGUGGAAGACGGCUACUUGCGAGGGACUGACUCAAACUUUUCAAGCUGGUUUAGAAGCAGAAUUAACGCUUCGCCUACACACACCGCCAGGGGAAGUAUGGCACACGAAUCUUCGCGAUCAAGUUGAAGUUUUCGUGGAACCCGCUGAAGAGGUGGCAAGUUUAGUUAUUCGUGAGAAAGAAGAUGGAAACUUCCAAGUGAAGUUCACACCUAAAAUACCCGGCAGCUACACUAUCAACGCCAAAUUAAACGCUGUCACUCUCACUGGUAGUCCUUUCACGGUCCAAGCUCAGGAGCGAAGAUUUUCUGUGGACUUAGUUAGCGAGCUGCACAUGCCAAGAGGAGGUCGAGUAAAGCGGCCUCGUGGAAUUGCUGUAAAUAGGAAAGGGGAGAUUGCUGUCACAGAUUACGAGGGCCACUGUGUUGCCUUAUUGGACAAUGCUGGCAGGUUUAUUAGGAAACUGGGCAGUGAGGGAGAAUCGGAUGGAUAUUUCAAACAUCCAGCCGAUGUUACCUUCCUAACUGACGACGAGCUACUGGUGGCAUAUGAAUGGAAUCAGCGAAUACAACAGCUUGACGUGCGUACAGGAAACUUUUUAAAGAGCUUCGGGAGAAAAGGUUCGCAAAGCGGAGAGUUUCAGAAUCCGCUCAGUGUGUGCACCGAUGAUCAAGGACAGGUUGUUGUCUCUGACUGGUUAAAUGACAGAAUACAAAUAUUCUUAGCAAACGGUCAGCCAGUGUUUACAGCCGGAUCCAGUGGCCCAGAACACAUCAGUAGCCCACUGAGUUGUGUAGCACACAAAAACAAGCUCAUUGUGAGUGAUGGCGUCGAUCACUGUGUAAAGGUUUUUGACAAGCAAGCUCAGUUUCUGUAUAAGUUUUGGAGAAAAGGCUGUGACGAAGGGUGCUUUAAUAAGCCUUCAGCUAUGUGCGUGGACCGUUUCGGCAAUGUACUCGUGUGUGAUACCAAGAAUGCCCGUGUACAACAGUUUAGUUUAGACGGCCGUUUCACUGGCAAGAGUUCCACCGUGCUGCUCAGUCCUGCGGGUAUAGCCGCUGCCCCAGAUGGUCGAAUCCUUGUGACUGAUGGCGAAGCCAACAAACUCUACUGCAUACGUUGAAUGCGCUAUAUAUUUGUACACGAAAUAAAAACCUAAGACAUGUAAGCAGUUAGGUAUAGUGAGUAAAUUUUCUUCCGCGUUAAGUUCUGGUGCUUGCAAAUUGGUGUGAAAUGUCGAUAGCGUGAUUGCAUGGUCGCCACUUUUCCGACACCUUGUUCCAGGGUUUCUUGGCAUACUACCGAAAUUAAGAAUUUCUCACAGCAUCAACUUUGCGAUAACUAUAAAAUUGAACGCGAUUAUUUAAGCAAGGGUGUUGUUUUUUCCUAAUUUUAGCGAGAGUCAUGGGAAAUAACCUUUCAAACAUGAAAAGUCCCGUUACUGAGGGGAUAGGUUAAGUAAAAAUUAAGUGCAAAAUCUAGAAUGUAUCUUUUGUAUAUGGGUAUCGUCUGAAAAUGUCAAUACCGCUUGACAUUAAUAGCACAUGCCAAUUGCAUCGGAUCGGAAAUUCAGUUGACUCAGUUAUUUGCUAUGUUGAUAGUAAGACUUAAUAUCAACAUGGAUGGUGUAAUGUAUUCAAGAAAUUAUGGUCAAAAUUAAGCAAAGGCGAGAUUAUAUUUGAUCAGCAAGUCAAUAGAAAACAAAAAAGUGAUAUCAGUACCUAGUCUUGUUAGUUAAUCUCUUUUUUAUUGAUUGAUUGAUCAAUUAACUUAAAAGUGAUUAAUUUAUAAAUCAUUUUUAUCGUCAAGUAACUUUUUAAGAAGGCUAAUCGUCCUUCAGUUAGGCAAAGGACGAAUUCGAUAGGCGUGUAAAUUGUUACGUAAAAAAUCAUUUUAUUAUUCAAUAAUUUACCAUGGCUACGAACCAGCUUAGAAAAAGUUUCAACCAGUUUUAAUGUUAUAGUUAUAUCAGCUUGUAUAACAGCUCCUAUGUAGAUAUUUGUCCCCUGAGUUUGUAAAUUGGUCAACAAGGAAGAACGUGACAAAAUCAUUCUUGAAAGCAACUUUUAACAAUUUUCAUUUCACUUCAAAUCUAUAUGGUAUACCAUUAGCACCUUGAUUUAAAUGGUUUUCGUAAAAUAUAAUUUGAGUAUUUUAAAAAAUUGUUAACCCAAUGCAAUAUUAUUCGAUUAAGUCAUCGUUACUACAUCUACAAUCCUACAGCCAAAAGUCCUUAAGACACUCAACUUAUAUCGUGGACGGAAACAUCAAUGUUUGUCUGCUCUUGCUUGUUUUUUUUCAAGUUCUUAUUUAGUUAUUACCCCCUCCUCC